AUGGAUCAACCCGGCCCUUCUACUACCAAUCAAGAUCCUAGAAUUGAUUUUAUCGGUUCCUAUGUAGUGAAAACUUUAAAAUUGAAACCUGAAAAAUGGAUGCGUGUGUUAAGCAUAGAGGAACACAGAUCGACUCUUAAAGAUUUCUUAGAUAAACCUCAUCCGAUUCUCCUAGUAGUUGUUCUUACUCACGCUGCCCAAUUAGUGCCAGUUAUAUCAUUCCCAUGUUAUCUAAAAAACAAAGCUGUUUUUUUUGUAAAGAAGCGACCCGACGUUGUACCCAAAGAAAGAUGCGCAGAAAUGGUAAUUUUCGGAGAUUUAGCUCCAAGAUUAAUAGAUGAACUGGCAGCUCUGGUGGAUGAAGUGUUCGUACCAAUGCUCUCAAAUCCACUUAAUCAUGAGGGAUGGCCUCUUGUAGUCUCUCAAGACAUAUUGAAACAGAUACAUAAUCUGAAAAGCACUGUUUACGAGGUAAAAGGGAAGGUAAAUGGUCAAACUGUAUUACCCAUGCCCGUCGGAGUUGAACUAGUUUAUGAAGCGGAAAAAGGCCUGUUACGAGGAGAAGAAGUAGAUCUGUACCUCAAAAGUGCGAUUGAAGGCGUUGUUAUAAAAUGGGCUCAGCAGAUUAAUGACGUCAUGAUGGAAGACUCUUCUCAGGCUUUUGAAAAUGGCCAAAAUCCAUUGCCAGCUGUUGAACUUGCCUUUUGGAAGUCACGUUUAAGUAAUUUAAAUUAUAUUUAUGAUCAACUCCGUACCGAUCGAGUUCGUUGCAUGGCCGUCAUUCUGGAAAAAACGACAUCUGCCUAUUAUCCUUGCUUCAGUCGCCUGUUUAAAAAUAUAGUGUCAGCACUGGCUGAGGCUCGUGAAAUAGACUUAUAUUUAAAGACUCUAGAAAAACACUUUCAAGCUUUAGAAGACACAGAUUUUACUGAGAGUCAGCCAUUGUUCCGGCCUUUAUUUCACAUUAUUUGUAUGGUGUGGAGGGACUCUAAAUAUUAUUGUAGUUCUUCAAAACUUAUGGUUCUCAUUAAACAGAUAUGUAAUUUACUUAUUCAUCAGGCAAAGAAAUGUCUUGACCCGAGCACUCUAUUUCAUAGCGACAUAGAUGAAGCAAGACAAAGGAUUCAACUUACUAUUGAUAUACUAAAAAAUUUUAGAAGCACUUUCGAUUACUUCAAAGAAAGGUUGCCGAAAUAUUUCGUGGAUAGAGCAGUAAUCCCCUGGACGUUCCACCCAAACGUUGUUUUCGAAAGAAUGAAUAAAUUUCUAGAUAGGCUGAACACUAUCCAGUGGUUUUUCAAAACAGUACUUGAAUUCCAAAAAUUGGAGAAAAUUGAAAUUGGUGGUAUGAAAGGUCGCGUCCUGGGAGGACAAAUAAGAGAUAUCUCUGCUGAGUUCGAUGCAUAUUUUCACAGUUUUGCAUCAAAAUCGUAUGAUGUUUUGGACCCUGACGACGAUACAUUUAAUGAGGAUUUUAAAGUAUUCCAGGAAAAUAUUAUUGACUUAGAUUUAAAAUUGUCUACCGUCUUGGUCGAGUCUUUCGAUAAUUGCUCUACUCUGGAAGGGAUUUUUAAGUUGAUUGAUAUUGUCGGCUCUGUGUUGGACAGACCUCUUAUCAGUAACGAAUUCACGGCAAAAUAUGUCGAAAUAAUUGCUAUGCUGGACGAAGAAAUAAAUAUAUGUGAGGAACUUUUUAAGGAGCAAUGCCAUCGUCUUCAGAAAUAUGGUCAUAUGGAAAUUGACGCGUUUUUUCCUCCAAUCGCUGGCGGCCUAUUGUAUAUGACCACAUUAGCUAUGAGAGUGACGAAACCAGUUUCGUGCUUUAAAAAUUUACAGCAUCCGAUAAAAGAAAACGAAGACGCUGUUAAAUUAUUCGACAGAUAUGAUCAUUUGAUGAAAGAUAUCACAGAUUUUAAGCGGAAAUACUUUAAUGAGUGGACGGUUACAAUCCCAAAGAUAAUCGAACUCAACACAAAUAACACAAUACUUGCACGCCAAGGGUCGGACCUUGUCCUGAACUUCAGUCCUGAGAUAUUAGAACUCAUGAAAGAAGUACAUCAUCUACGUAACAACAACGAUUUUAAACAAGAUUUGCCGUCGGAAUGUCUGGAGUUAUUUGGUAAACAAGAAACGUACAGACAAUACCGCAUCAACCUUGGCAUAACUAUCGACUGGUACAAUCAAAUAAGGAAGAAUAGUCAGAAAGUGGAAUUUGAUUUAGUCGAAGACGAGAUUAAGGCUAUAGACGAGAGAAUUGAAAUGGCACAGAAUGAGCUGAACUGGAACUCUAAAGAUUUAUGGAACUACCUACAGGAAUUGCAUCGCUUGGUCGGUAAUUUAUAUGAUCGUAUGUCAAAAAUACAAGAUAACUUAAAAGAAAUAAAAACUAUUAUGAAGUCGUGGGCGUCACAGCCAUUAUUUGAAAGAAAAGACGGAAAAAAGGAUACAUUACUUAAUCUUGAUGAUUGGCAAGAACUGACAAACAGGCGAUACAGCGAAAUGCAGGAUACCGCUGGACGCAUUAACGUUCUCAUUAAAGAAAAUAUGGAAUUAUUCAAUAUGCAAGAUAAUCAAGACAGUGACAUUUGGUUAUCGUAUGUUUCUUUUAUAGAUGGACUGAUUGAAGAGACACUAUUUAAAGCAAUUGCUUGCAGUCUCGGAUAUAUUACUGAACAUAUGAAUCCUAAAAAUAAACUUGCACCAUUAUUUGAGGCUCAGUUAGAACUACUAGAGCCGGAUAUGGUGUUCUGUCCUAGCUUAGACCCCAACGAGGAAAAUGGGUUCAUGUCUAUGAUUAAUAAAUUAAUCCAAGACAUUCUUAAAAUGUCGACUCUCAUACAAAGAAUAGAUCCGACCAAAAAAGAUUCAUACGAGACACAAAUUAUUGGCCAUCAAGAUGUUAUAGAAAUGAAGGAGGAAAUACUUAAUGGAAUAGAAAGGGUUAUAGAAGAGGCAAACGACUUUUGUAAGACUUUUGAAAAUUAUUCCUACUUGUGGCUUGAAGAACGUGAUGCUAUAAUGGAGAUAUUUUUGACAUACGGUAGGAUAUUAACCCCAGAAGAAAUAGAUCGAAUAGGUUCAGAAGACAAAGAAAUAAUUCAACCAACGCCGUGCGCCCCUAAAAUGGAAGCUUUCAGGGAACAAAUUGAUCAUUAUGAGAAUCUCUUUAUGGAUAUUGAAGAGAUGGAUUCACAUAAAGUGUUUAAUUCGUGGUUUCAGGUUGAUAUAAGACCAUUCCGACAAGCACUCCUAAAUACAGUCCGUAAGUGGGGAAACAUGUACAAAGAGCACUUGGUUGAAAAUGUAACAUCCAGCCUCAGUGAUCUUGGUAAUUUUAUUCGAAAAGCCGAUGAGGGGCUUCUCCAGCCUGUACCUGAAGGAGAAUAUGAAGCGUUGGUAUCUGUAAUGGGAUAUUUGAUGAAUGUCAAGGAUCGCACAUUGACCACUGAUGACAUGUUUCAACCACUGACUGAAACUAUAGAACUCUUGAAAUUUUAUGACAUGGAUAUACCAGAAGAAGUCAAUGUCCUGCUACAAGAAUUACCGGAACAAUGGCAGGCUACAAAGAAAUUAGCCAUAACAGUGAAGCAACAGGUAGCACCUCUUCAAGCCGCUGAAGUUGCUGGUAUAAGAAAGAAAAUUUCGACUUUUGACUCUCAUGUAACGUACUAUAGAGAGGUUUUUAAGAAGUACGAUUUCUUCAAAUACGAAUGUGAUGAGCCCUACCUCGUUAUGUCCAGAGUUGACAUGGAAAUGCUAAAUUUAGAAGACGAAAUGAAAGGUAUACAAGAAUCGGGUUCACUGUUUGAAGUAAAUGUACCAGAGUUUAAGUUACUAAAACAAUGUAGAAAGGAAUUACGAAUGCUUAAGCAAUUGUGGGAUUACGUGUAUAUCGUCAGAACAAGUAUUGAGGAUUGGAAGACGACGCCUUGGCGGAAAAUUGAUGUCGAGAACAUGGAUAUUGAAUGCAAGAAAUUCGCCAAAGAAAUAAGAUUACUAGACAAAGAGAUGAGAAGUUGGGAUACUUAUAUUAAUUUAGAAGCAACUGUAAAAAAUAUGCUCACAUCUUUAAGGGCUGUAGCAGAAUUGCAAAAUCCUGCGAUAAGAGAAAGACACUGGGAUCAACUAAUGAGAACAACUAAGAGCUUAGCUGCCUUGCCACCCGAACUCACAGUAAGAAUUGUAAUGGAUGCUAACACAACUUUAGCUGAUUUGCUAGCAUUAAACUUACACGAGUUCGAAGAAGAAGUGAAAAAUAUUGUCGAUAAAGCGGUCAAAGAAAUGUCCAUGGAAAAAAUUCUUAAAGAUCUCAACGUAACAUGGAGCGGAAUGGAAUUUGAACAAGAAGUGCACACAAGAACUGGCUGUGUUUUGUUAAGAGCCAGUGAAGAGCUCAUAGAAACGCUUGAAGAGAAUCAGGUACAAUUACAAAAUCUGAUAACAUCUAAGUUUAUUGCACAUUUCUUAGAAGAGGUCUCGGGCUGGCAGCAAAAGUUGUCUAUAGCAGAUCAAGUCAUUACAGUUUGGUUCGAAGUUCAAAGGACUUGGACUCACUUAGAAAGUAUCUUUAUGAGUUCGGAGGACAUAAGGAAACAAUUGCCAGAUGAUUCUGCUAGAUUUGACAGAAUAGAUGCUGAAUUCAAGAUUUUAUCAAGAGACAUGGCAAAAACCCCGAAUGUUGUUAAGGGGACAAAUAAAGAGGGACUUGUAGGCAUUCUGGACAGUUUACAAAAAGAUUUAGUGAUAUGCGAAAAGGCUCUCGCCGAAUAUUUGGAAACGAAAAGACUGGCGUUUCCAAGAUUCUACUUUGUAUCAUCAGCAGAUCUUUUGGAUAUUUUAUCGAACGGUAAUCAGGCAGAAUUAGUCAUCAGACAUUUAACAAAAUUAUUUGAUUCCAUUGCUAAACUUCAAUUUAUUGAGAGUGAGAAACCUGGAGAAAAGACCGCUUCAGGAAUGAUAGCAAAAGAUGGGGAGCUUGUUACUUUUCAAGGUCUUUGUGACUGCACUGGACCAGUCGAAAUUUGGCUGAAUCGUUUACAAGACAUAAUGAGAUCGUCAAUUCGUCAAUAUUUUGGAGAAGCGAUUGUAUCUUAUGAAGAAAAGUCACGUGAACAAUGGCUUUUCGACUUUAUGGCUCAGGUGUCUCUAUGUUGUACACAAAUUUGGUGGACAUCUGAAGUUAAUAUUGCAUUUGGUAGAUUAGAAGAAGGUUAUGACAAUGCACUUAAAGAUUACUACAAAAAGCAACUGUCUCAACUUAGUACGUUAAUAACGCUAUUAAUUGGAGAGCUCAGCAAGCAAGAUCGACAAAAGAUCAUGACAAUUUGUACCAUAGAUGUCCAUUCAAGAGAUGUUGUCAGCAAGUUGAUCCAGGGGAAAGUUGAAUCAGGAUCUGCGUUUCAAUGGCAAUCUCAAUUAAGACACAGGUGGGGCGAAAAAGAACUUCAUUGUUUUGCAAACAUUUGCGAUGCUCAGUUUACAUACAGUUAUGAAUAUUUAGGAAAUACACCAAGAUUAGUAAUAACCCCUCUUACUGAUCGUUGUUAUAUAACAUUAACUCAGUCUCUACAUUUGAUAAUGGGUGGAGGACCUGCUGGCCCAGCUGGAACUGGGAAAACUGAAACCACAAAAGACUUAGGCAGAGCUUUGGGCAUAAUGGUUUAUGUAUUUAAUUGUUCGGAACAGAUGGAUUACCAGUCUUGUGGAAAUAUUUAUAAAGGCUUAGCUCAAACUGGUGCCUGGGGAUGUUUCGAUGAAUUUAACCGAAUUUCGGUUGAAGUACUUUCAGUAGUAGCAGUGCAAGUUAAAUCUGUUCAAGAUGCUAUAAGGGAUAAAAAAGAUAAGUUUAAUUUUAUGGGAGAGAUCAUAGUUUUGGUUCCAACUGUGGGCAUUUUCAUUACAAUGAAUCCUGGAUACGCAGGUAGAACUGAAUUGCCAGAAAAUUUAAAGGCUCUGUUUCGGCCAUGUGCUAUGGUGGUGCCUGAUUUUGAGUUAAUUUGUGAAAUAAUGUUAGUAGCGGAAGGUUUUCAGGAUGCUAAAAUAUUAGCAAGGAAGUUUAUCACUUUAUAUACCUUAUGUAAGGAGUUAUUAUCAAAGCAAGAUCAUUAUGAUUGGGGUUUAAGAGCUAUCAAAUCGGUUUUGGUUGUUGCCGGUUCUUUAAAGAGAGGCGAUCCUGGGAGACCAGAAGAAGAAGUGCUCAUGAGAACUUUGCGUGAUUUCAAUAUACCGAAGGUAGUUACUGAUGACAUGCCAGUAUUCAUGGGUUUAAUUGGGGAUUUAUUCCCUGCUUUAGAAGUACCUAGAAAAAGAGAUUUAGAAUUCGAGAGAACAGUUAAACAAGCAGCUAUGGAUUUGCUUCUUCAACCAGAAGAUAAUUUUAUACUGAAAGUAGUGCAAUUAGAAGAACUGCUAGAAGUUAGACAUUCCGUCUUUAUUGUUGGCAAUGCAGGUACUGGUAAAACUCAGGUUUGGAAAACUCUGUUUAAAACCUAUCAAAAUCUCAAGAAAAAACCACUGUUUAAUGAUUUAAAUCCAAAAGCGGUAACGAACGACGAAUUGUUUGGAAUUAUCAACCCCGCGACUAGAGAAUGGAAAGAUGGUUUAUUUUCUGUAAUCAUGAGAGAUCAAGCAAAUAUUGUUGGCGAGAAUCCGAAAUGGAUAGUGUUAGAUGGCGAUAUAGAUCCGAUGUGGAUCGAGUCAUUAAAUACAGUAAUGGAUGACAAUAAAAUUUUAACUCUGGCAAGUAAUGAGCGAAUUGCACUAACACCGAGCAUGAGACUGAUGUUCGAAAUAUCAAAUUUACGCACUGCCACACCCGCUACUGUUUCUCGAGCUGGUAUUUUAUAUAUCAAUCCACAAGAUUUGGGAUGGAACCCAUACGUAACCAGUUGGGUGGAAACUAGAAAGAUUCCCGCUGAAAAAUCGAACUUGGUUAUUUUAUUUGACAAAUACAUUCCUCCUUGUUUAGAAAAUAUUCGAAAUAGAUUUAAAAAAAUAACUCCUAUAGCAGAUAUGGCUCACAUACAGAUGCUUUGUCAUCUAUUGAGUUGUUUAUUAGUUCCUGAAAACACUCCUCCAGAUUGUCCAAAGGAAUGGCAUGACAUAUUUUUUGUAUUUGCUUGCGUUUGGGCAUUUGGGUCUGCUAUGUUUCAAGAUACAAAUGUGGAUUAUAGGAUUGAAUUUUCAAAAUGGUGGGUUAAUGAAUUUAAAACUGUUAAGUUUCCUGCUGGUGGUACCGUUUUUGACUAUUAUAUUGAUCUUGAAACGAAACAGUUUACACCUUGGACUGAAAAAAUUACAAAAUUUGAAUUGGAUAGCGAUAUACCUCUACAGGCCGUAUUAGUACCAACGGCUGAGACAAUAAGAAUUAGAUUCUUCUUAGAUCUCUUGAUGAAAAAUAAGCAUCCCGUAAUGUUAGUCGGAAGCGCUGGCUGUGGAAAGACAGUAUUAGUGAACGAAAAGCUACAAGGACUUCCGGAAACGUAUGCUAUUCAAUCAAUUCCAUUUAAUUUUUAUACAACUUCAGAGAUGCUGCAAAAGAUUCUUGAGAAACCACUUGAAAAGAAGGCAGGAAGAAAUUAUGGUCCGCCCGGAAAUAAGACUCUAAUUUACUUUAUUGACGAUAUGAACAUGCCUGAAGUCGAUCCUUACGGCACUGUACAACCACACACAAUAAUACGACAGCAUUUAGAUUAUAACCAUUGGUAUGACAGAACCAAACUCACGUUGAAAGACAUCCAUAAUACUCAAUACGUUUCGUGUAUGAAUCCGACAUCUGGUAGUUUUACAAUUAAUCCGAGACUUCAGCGACAUUUUUGUGUGUUUGCUAUUAGUUUUCCUAAUAUAGAGGCUUUAAAUAAUAUCUAUCACAACAUACUCAGUCAGCAUCUGAUAAAUCCAGAGUUAAGGAUAAAUGCCCAAAUUGCAAAGAUUUCAAAAAAUGUGGUGGCCGCAUCAAUAGCUUUACAUAAUAAAGUCUCGCAGGUAUUCUUACCAACGGCUAUUAAAUUUCAUUAUAUAUUUAACUUGAGAGAUUUAUCAAACGUAUUUCAGGGAUUUCUAUUCAGUACAAAUGAAUGCUUAGUAAAUCCGUCGGAUUUAAUACGUCUUUGGUUACACGAAACUCACAGAGUCUAUGGGGAUAAACUAACAGAGGACAAAGAUAUUGAUGCAUUCCUGAAAAUGCAAGUUGAUCUUUGUAAGAAAAAUUUUGAGGAUAUUGAUGAAGGAGCAGUGUUUGAACGUCCAAAUAUUUAUUGUCAUUUUGCGGGAGGAAUUGGAGAGCCAAAAUAUAUGCCUGUAGCGUCAUGGGUACAACUUAAUAGACUGCUUACUGAGGCGCUUUCUAGUUACAAUGACCUUAUUGCAGCUAUGAAUCUUGUUUUGUUUGAAGAUGCUAUGAUGCACAUAUGCAGAAUAAGUCGAAUACUUGAAAGUCCUCGGGGGAGUGCGCUUCUAGUUGGCGUUGGUGGCUCUGGAAAACAGUCGUUAUCUCGUUUAGCAGCUUUUAUCUCCAGCUUGGAGGUAUCUCAAAUUCAACUUAAGAAGGGAUAUGGCGUAUCCGAUCUGAAGAAUGAACUUUCCAGUUUGUAUAUAAAAACCGGUCUUAAAAAUGUUGGUAUUAUGUUCCUGAUGACUGAUGCUCAAGUAGCCAAUGAACAAUUUUUGGUUUUAAUAAACGAUUUGUUAGCCUCCGGUGAAGUAGGUGAUUUGUUCCCCGAUGACGACAUGGAGAAUAUUAUUGCUGGUGUUAGAAAUGAGGUUAAAGGUGCUGGUCUUCCGGAUACUCGAGAAAUUUGUUGGAAAUUCUUUAUAGAUCGUGUUCGUAAGCAACUCAAGGUUGUAUUGUGCUUUUCGCCGGUGGGAUCUACAUUAAGAGUAAGAUCUAGGAAGUUCCCGGCGUUGAUAAAUUGUACAUCAAUAAAUUGGUUCCACGAAUGGCCUCAAGAAGCUUUGGUCUCUGUAUCCAUGAGAUUUUUAGAAGAAUUAUCGGUUUUACCGAUAACUUUAAGAGAUUCUGUAUCAAGGUUUAUGGCGUAUGUACACACUUCCGUAAAUACUAUAUCUAAAGCUUAUCUUUCAAACGAGAGGAGAUACAAUUAUACAACACCGAAGAGUUAUCUAGAACAGAUAAGUUUGUAUGCAAAAUUAGUCAGCCAAAAAACGGAUGAACUUAGAGCAAAAAUAACCAGAUUAGAAAAUGGUUUGGAAAAACUUCGUAGCACAGCUUCUCAGGUAGAUCAGCUUAAAGCUAAACUGGCCAUACAAGAAAUAGAAUUACAACAAAAAAAUGAAGCUGCAGAUAAACUUAUAGAGAUGGUGGGUAUAGAGACUGCAAAAGUACAAAGUGAAAAAGCAUUAGCUGACGAGGAGGAAGAAAGGGUUGCGGUAAUUGCCGAGGAAGUGUCUAAAAAGCAAAAAGAUUGUGAGGAAGACCUUAUAAAGGCUGAACCAGCAUUGGUGGCUGCUCAAGAGGCGUUGAAUACUUUGAAUAAAGCAAAUCUGACCGAAUUAAAGUCGUUUGGUUCUCCCCCUGGAGUAGUAACGAAUGUAACAGCUGCUGUAAUGGUUCUAUUAGCUCCUGGAGGAAAAAUUCCAAAGGAUAGAAGUUGGAAGGCAGCCAAGAUUAUGAUGGCAAAGGUCGAUGUAUUUUUGGAACAAUUAAUCAAUUAUGAUAAGGAAAACAUUCACCCUGAUGUCAUAAAGGCGAUACAACCAUAUUUAAAAGACUCCGAAUUUGAGCCAGAAUUCGUUAAAUCUAAGUCUGCUGCUGCAGCAGGCCUGUGUGCGUGGGUUAUAAAUAUAAUCAAGUUCUUUGAGGUAUUUUGUGAUGUCGAGCCAAAAAGAAAAGCUCUAGCUGCUGCAAAUGCCGAAUUAGCUGCAGCAACUGAAAAAUUAAAAGCAAUCAAAUCUAAAGUUGCGUCUCUAGAAGAACAACUUGCUGCGCUAACAGCUGACUUCGAAAAAGCAAUUGCAGAAAAAUUAAAAUGUCAGCAAGAAGCAGACGCUACUAAUAGAACGAUUCAGCUCGCUAACCGUUUAGUUAAUGGUUUGGCUAGUGAAAACGUUAGAUGGGCCGAUUCAGUUUCUAUAUUUAUGCAACAAAGUACAACUCUACCGGGCGAUGUCCUUCUUGUCUGUGCGUUUAUCUCAUACGUUGGAUGUUUCACAAAACUGUACAGGUUGGAUUUGCUCCAUAAAAAUUGGCUUACCUUCCUCAAAACUCUCGAACCUCCCAUACCGAUAACGGAAGGAAUUGAUCCACUGACAAUGCUAACUGAUGAUACAACCAUUGCUAUGUGGCACAACGAAGGACUGCCAUCCGAUCGCAUGAGUACUGAAAAUGCUACAAUCCUUUCGAACUCUGAUCGUUGGCCAUUAAUGAUAGAUCCACAGUUACAAGGUGUAAAAUGGAUCAAACAAAAGUAUGGUGAUACCUUACGAGUGAUUCGUUUAGGACAGAAAGGUUAUUUGGAUACUAUAGAAAAGGCUAUUAUCAAAGGUGAAACGGUGUUAUUAGAGAAUAUAGGAGAAACUGUAGAUCCAGUGCUUGAUCCGUUACUUGGACGUAAUUUAAUCAAAAAAGGAAGGGCUAUUAAAAUCGGUGACAAAGAAAUAGAAUAUAGUCCGAACUUUAGACUAAUUUUACAUACAAAGCUAGCAAAUCCCCACUACAAGCCAGAGAUGCAAGCUCAAACAACUUUAGUAAACUUCACUGUAACUCGCGACGGUCUAGAAGAUCAACUUUUAGCAGAAGUUGUAAAAGCAGAGCGACCGGAUUUAGAAGAACUAAAGGCGGAACUGACUAAACAACAAAAUGAGUUCAAAAUACAACUCAAAAAACUUGAAGACGAUUUGCUUUCUCGGCUUUCAUCUGCGGGUGAAAAUAUAUUGGGGGAUACAGCUUUAAUAGAGAACUUAGAAAUAACUAAAAAGACGGCAGCGGAUAUAGAAAAAAAAGUAACUGAGGCCAAAGUCACAUCACAUCAAAUUGAUCAAGCUAGGGAGUUUUAUAGACCAGCAGCUGCCAGAGCCUCACUUUUAUAUUUUAUUUUGAACGAUCUAAAUAGUAUAAAUCCGAUUUAUCAAUUUUCGCUCAAGGCUUUUAGUGUUGUUUUUCAAAAGGCAAUAUCAAGAGCUGAGCCCGCUGAAGAAGUCAGUCAAAGAAUUAAAAAUUUAAUUGACUGCAUAACAUAUUCAGUGUUUCAGUAUACUUCAAGAGGUUUAUUUGAAUGCGAUAAACUUAUUUUUGCAUCGCAGAUGACUUUUCAGGUUCUUCUAAUGAGCGAAGAAGUAUCCCCAGCAGAAUUAGAUUUCUUCCUCCGUUUUCCGAUAAAACCUCAUGUAACAAGCCCAGUGGAUUUUCUUUCUAAUCAUAGUUGGGGAGGAAUUUGCUCCUUGGCUAGUAAAGAUGAAUUUAGAAAUCUUGAUAGAGAUAUAGAAACUUCGCCGAAAAGAUGGAAAAAAAUUGUUGAAAUGGAAUGUCCCGAAAGAGAGAAGUUCCCUCAAGAAUGGAAAAACAAAACUGCACUUCAGAGAUUAUGCAUGUUAAGAGCAUUGAGACCAGAUAGAAUGACUUAUGCUGUGGCAACUUACAUUGAGGAGAAAAUGGGUUCGAAAUAUGUUGAAAACAGGACCCUCGAAUUUAGCAAAUCAUUUGAAGAAACCAGUCCUACCACACCAAUAUUUUUUAUUCUAUCGCCUGGUGUAAAUCCUUUGAAAGAUGUGGAAGCCCUGGGAAAAGCAAUGGGUUUUACAACAGAUUGUGGAAAUUUUCAUAAUGUUUCAUUAGGUCAAGGCCAAGAGAUUGUAGCUGAACAAGCAAUGGAUGAGUCUCUUCAGAAAGGACAUUGGGUUGUGCUGCAGAAUAUUCAUCUGGUAAAGAAAUGGCUUCCCAGUCUUGAAAAGAAAAUGGAAAGUUUUGCAGGUGGUUGCCAUCCUGACUUCCGUCUCUUUAUGUCAGCCGAACCUGCUGCCACUCCUUCUGCACAUAUCAUCCCACAGGGAAUACUGGAGUCAAGCAUCAAGAUUACUAAUGAACCUCCAACAGGAAUGCAGGCAAAUUUACAUAAAGCACUCGAUAAUUUUAAUCAAGAAACACUCGAAAUGUGUGGCAAAGAAGCCGAGUUUAAGGCUAUUCUUUUCGCUCUGUGUUAUUUUCACGCCGUUGUCGCUGAGAGAAGAAAGUUUGGUCCUCAAGGGUGGAAUAAAAUAUAUCCAUUCAAUGUUGGUGACCUCACAAUAAGUGUAUUUGUAUUAUAUAACUACUUGGAAGCUAACUCUAAAGUCCCUUGGGAAGACCUGAGGUACCUGUUCGGUGAAAUAAUGUAUGGUGGUCACAUAACAGAUGACUGGGAUAGACGAUUGUGUAAUGCUUACCUUGAAGAAUUAAUGCAACCAGACUUGGUUGAUGGAGAACUUCAACUGGCUCCCGGUUUUCCAGCUCCACCAAACACGGAUUAUUUAGGUUAUCACCAAUACAUAGAGGAUGCAAUGCCUCAAGAAUCCCCAUAUUUAUACGGUCUACACCCGAAUGCAGAAAUCGGAUUUCUGACGACAACUUCUGAAAAUUUAUUUAGAACAAUAUUUGAAAUGCAGCCAAGGGACGCUCAAGCAUCCGGUGCUUCAACUGUAACUAGGGAAGAUAAGGUAAAGCAAAUGCUAGAUGAAGUAAUGGAGAAAUUACCUGAAGAAUUUAAUAUGGUGGAGAUAAUGGGAAAAGUCGAGGAAAGGACACCUUAUGUAAUAGUCGCCUUCCAAGAGUGUGAGCGAAUGAAUCAUUUGACUGGAGAAAUGAAGCGAUCCCUGAGAGAACUUGAUUUGGGUUUAAAAGGUGAGUUAACGAUUACGUCAGACAUGGAAGAGUUAGAAAAUGCACUAUUCUUAGAUCAGGUACCUGCUAUAUGGGCAAAUAGAGCCUAUCCUUCCCUUCUCGGUUUAUCUGCAUGGUUUGUGGAUCUCCUUCUUCGUUUGCGUGAGUUGGAAACUUGGGCUACUGAUUUUGUUUUACCAAUGUCUGUCUGGUUGGGUGGUUUCUUUAAUCCCCAAAGUCUGUUAACUGCCAUUAUGCAGAGUACUGCUCGCCGCUACGAACUCCCACUAGACAAGAUGUGUCUCCAAUGCGAUGUCACUAAGAAGAUGAAAGAGGAUUUCACUAUAGCCGAUACUCGUUGCGCGCCACGUGAUGGAGCUUAUGUUCAUGGUCUUCUUAUGGAAGGCGCUCGCUGGGAUGUGCACGCUGGCAUCAUCAUGGACUCCAGGCUUAAAGACCUAUUCCCUCCCAUGCCAGUUAUCAACGUGCGGGCAAUAACCCAGGACAAACAGGACAUGCGCAACAUGUACGAGUGUCCCGUGUAUAAGACCCGCACCCGGGGUCCGACGUAUGUUUGGACCUUUAACCUCAAGACGAAAGACAAGCCCUCCAAGUGGACGCUCGCUGGCGUCGCCUUGUUACUACAGACAUAA